ACGCUGACAAUGAGCCUCCAUAAAAGGGAGCGGCGGGGUCGGGGGCCCCGGAUCGAGCCCUCCCCGCCCGGGGUCGUGACUAGCUGAAGGCUGUGGCUGGCCGGGUGGGCGGCCGGCCGGGCGGCUGAACUAGACGAUUCGCGGGCCCUGCGUGGUCCGGGGCGGGAGGCGGCCGCCACUGGCGGCGCGCCGAGGCCUGCGUGCCCGUCCUCCGCUAUCGGGUCGCCUUUCUCCGCCUCGCCAUGGCACUGAGAGCAGAAGGAGCCGCGGCGCUCGACUGCUUCGAGGUGACGCUCAAGUGUGAGGAAGGAGAGGACGAUGAAGAGGCCGUGGUGGUUGCCGUGAUCCCGCGGCCCGAGCCGAUGCUCCGAGUAACCCAACAGGAAAAGACGCCGCCACCUAGGCCUAACCUGCUGGAAGCAGGUGUCGAAGGCUGUGAGGAGCCCAAGCAGCAAGUGCCAUGGGAACAGGAGUUCCUAGUGGGGAACAGCCCAGGAGGCAGUGGACGGGCACUGUGCAUGGUGUGUGGGGCUGAGAUCCGGUCCCCAUCAGCAGACACUGCUCGCACACACAUCCUGGAGCAGCAUCCGCAUACCCUGGACCUGAGCCCCUCUGAGAAGAGCAACAUCUUGGAAGCCUGGAGCGAAGGGGUGGCCCUUCUUCAAGACAUCCAAGUUGACCAGCCAUCCCUGCCCAGCCUAGAGGCAGGCCAGGAUGGCCAUCCAGACCCCAACUCCAACUCGGACCCUGCCAGGAUGCCAGCAGAGAUUGUGGUCCUCUUGGACUCCGAGGACAACCCAUCCCUCCCUAAGAGACUCCGGCCCAGAGGACUCCGCCCUCUUGAACUGCCUGUUGCCCCUGUCACAGAGCCAGGAAAUAAAAAGGCCCGUGGUCAGAGAUGGAAGGAGUCCUCUGAGGAGGAGCCUCCUAGGAAGAAGAGAAGCAGGCAUAUGACCAAAAACUUGGACCCUGACCCAGACCCCCCAUCUCCUGAGUCACCCACAGAGACGUUCGCAGCACCAGCCGAAGUCCGACACUUCACUGAUGGCAGCUUCCCUCCUGGCUUUGUCCUCCAGCUCUUCUCCCACACGCAGCUCAGGACCACAGACAGUAAGGACCCUUCUAAAGUCAGCAAAGGAGCAGCAGAGGGCCUGCCUCAGCCAGAAAGUCCCUCUUCAGCUCCCCCUCCGGGGCUUCGUGGGACACUGGAUCUCCAGGUUAUUCGUGUUCGGAUGGAGGAGCCGCCAGCCGUCCGCCUCUUACAGGACUGGUCCAAGCAUCCCCAGGGUACCAAGGGGGUGGGAACAGGUGACAACUCAGACUGGCCCACUGUUCUGCCAGAGUCCAGUGCCACUGUUAAGGGACAACCAGAGGCAGGAAAUGGGGUAUGAGUUUUUACUUUCCUGGGGAGGGAGAGGUGGGAGGAAGGAAAGGUGGGAGAGAGGAGGCAGUAUCCCCCUUUGGCUUAAAUCUCAGAUCUGCCCAGCCAGCCACCUGAUUGAGUUUUAAAACCAGGUGCCAGGAAAAUGUGGAAGGAGAAGUGACAUCACUGUCACAUUGGGGCACUAGAAAAUGCCUGCCCCUGGACAAUCCUGAAUUAGACAGAGGUGGCUUAGGCUAUUGGGUGAUAUGGCAUUGGGCCUGUGGAGAACACCUUCCCCAAUCCUUUGCUGACUCACCCUCUGACCCCACACCUCUUUCCUGUCAGCUCCCACCAUUCUCCCCUGGCACAGUGCCUUAUGCAGAGGUGGUCAUGAUGGGGUUUGAACUGAGUCCCACUACCUCGGGGGACACCUCUCCUCCCCCACUUCUGGCUCCUUCAGGAGGAGGCCUCCAUUACCUCUUAACCGCCUCAUCCCUGCCGAGGGCUCCCUUUACCACCCCUUCUCCUAUUGUCCUGUUGCAUCUUUUAUCCAAUUGUAUAUAUUGCCUUUGUUGACAAUAAAUUAUUUUUUUUUUAAUUAAAAGUUCUGUCUGGGCCAUCAUUGGGAAAAGGGAGCAGCUUGAGGAGCAGGAAAAUUGAAGGGUAGCCUUAAGUUGGAGCCAGAGACCCCUGUCCCGGGCAAGGGAGCCUUGAGCCCAGAACAGAGCUUGCUUAGGCCUCUGGAACUGUUCUAAUUUGGUGUCAGUCAACUGAGAAACACCUUACUUCUCUCCAUUAGCACAUUUUCUAUAUUUGACCUUCUAACCCACCUGGUAGACCUCUGUCCAAGCAAGGCUACCAUGGAACUGGGACACUCACACCCAGGGAGAUAAGAGUUAUUGGGGCCUGAGCUGCACGUGGUGGCAUGCACCUUUAAUCCCAACACUUGGGAGGCAGAAGCAGACAUAUCUCUAUGAGUUCAAAGCUAGACUUGUCUACAGAGUGAGUUCCAGGGCAGCCAAAGCUGUUACACAGAGAAACACUGUCAUAAAAUAAAAUAAAAUAAAAUAAAUGUUAUUAGGGCCUGAUCCUGGCCAGCCUGCACAGACAUCUCUCCUAUGAGAAGGUACCAUAUGCCUACUUUCUUAUAGUUCAGUGCCCUCUGCUACACAACUCACCCUUAGCCCCCAGCCUCAACACAAGUCUGACUCGGGUUUCUGCAGAUUUGGGGCUCUUGAGCUAUCCUUAUACAGACGUAAUCUGUGGGCUCUUGCCCUUGGGGCAAAAUGAACCUUCCAGGUUGCUUAAUCCAAAAUUCUAGGUUCCACUGUCCUAUUCAGAAUCCCCAGCAAGUAUCUCGUACAGUGGGGCUGCCCUACACUGCUGACUACUUGACUGUUCCAGUAAAUUAUAGAGACCUAGGGGAAAAAAAGGAAGACACUUCAACUGGGGAGAGUGAGGCUGUGUUAGAUCUCAUACUAGACAAAAGGAUUGACCCUUUUGAACCAUCUGGUGUUCUCAGAAGGAGCUCAGGAAUGUAGAGGGUCCUUGUCCAGGACAGGCUGAGACAGGCAUGAAGUAGAGGUGGCAAAGUUUCAGGGUACCUCAUGUCCAGAAUGCCUCAGCCAUGUAUGAGACAGGUGGGCCACAGGACUCCUGGGUCUGUAUGUGUUUCUGCAGAUUGACACAAUUUGUAUGCUCCCUAACAAUGCUCCCCAUCUCUGAAAGCACCAGUUGGAGUUGUAGGUAGUUUCUGUCCCUACAAUUGUGUGACUUUACAUUUAUGCCACCUUUCUUUUAAAGACAUCGUGGCUAUCACAAAGUAUUGAGGAUACAUGUCAAAGAUGGUGUUGUGAAAUGAUGACCAAAAAGUCCAUUUGUUGCAGUAUGAUCCUGGUUUGUCCUAGCCUGUGAACUGGGACAGAGACCAGAUUACAUUGACUUAAUGUUUCUGGUGCCCUGCAUAGGGACCUGGCACAUAGGUGCUCAAUAAACAUCUGUCAGAUGCUAUCUUGGUCUCUAGGUGUGCAUUCUGUGUGACCUUUUUCUCAUACAGCCAAUGAAUGACUCAGUUCUUUUUGGGUUUUUGUUUUUGUUUUAGGUAUUCUGGCUGUUUCAAAGUGAUGAUCAUCCUCGAUAUCCUCCCAGGUGCUGGGAUUAUAGAACUCAUGGUGGAAGGAGACUUCUGGAAGUUGUCCUCUGAGCUCCAUGUGCCUGGCACUCGAACCACGGCACUUGUGCACCUGUGCUCGGACAGAG